CGGGCGCAUGCGCAAUUUUCACUCGUGCCCGACCCACAUGGCGAUUAUAGCAAGUGGCUGAGAACUGGUUAUAAUGGGUAAAAGUAAAGCGAAAAAGUUUAAAAGGCAGCAUUUUAGUCCUACCGGGCUUCCGGACAGUACCGACGUGCAGGUGGAACAGGAAGUAGAAAACUGUUGCCCUGCUGUGGAAUUGUUGGAAAAGCUGCAGGAUCCCUGUCCAGAUGUGCGAGAAUAUGCAUGUGCUAGUAUUUCACGUCUGGUACAAGAGACACGGGUCAUCCCCUCUUUCCUACAGCAGGAUGUGGUCAGGUGUUUGGGGCCAAUGCUGCUUGACAAAAGCAUAGCUGUGCAGGAGACAGCUGCAGGUGCCCUAAGGAACCUAAGUGCAUGUGGUGGCCUGGAGGUCUGUGAUGCAAUGGUGAAACAAGAUAUUUUGACACCUUUGGCUGCUUUGUUGCAGGAGUGCAGCAGCAGACUUAAUAGAAGCCUGAACACUAUGGAGAAAUAUGAGAAUGGUAGAAGGAACCGUCUUGAGGAAGUUACUACUGAGGCUAUACAUUUGCUGUGGAAUCUUUGUGAAAGCAGCAGUCUGGCUGUAUCUAUAUUCAACAAAGAAGGGCUUAUCAAUGUUCUUGUGCAGUGCCUUCAGAAGCAUGAGGAAAAUAUGGACCUAGCCAUUUGUUCUGCUUAUUGCUUGCAAACUGUGACAGAAGACAACCCAGAGCUGUUGGCAUCCUUUUCUGCAUCGACUCUUCAAAUCCUUGACGUUCUGAUCAUGCAGUCUGCAAUUUCAAUGCAGCAUUUGCUUCUCCGAACCCUGGUUGCUGGAUGUGUUUGGAAUCUAAAAGGAAUCCUAUCCUGUACUGCUCAGGCAGAAGCAGUGAGCACAGUGGCCAGGAUACUUUCAGAGACUCUUGAAGUUGAUGCUGGACAGGUAAUCAUGGAGUUGAAGCAGGCAGAAUCUCAAAAGCUUGCAGAAGUAAAUGCCAGUAUGAGGCCAAGAGAGGAGGAUGCUAUGGACGAAGAGUCCAUGAAGAUAUGUUGUGUACCCAAUCAAGGGCUAGAGGACAUGUCGGACCUACUUCCGCCUCGUGAUGAAGAACUGAAGCAAGCUGAAGCUGUACUUUGUGCCCAACAGACUGCUUUGGAGAUUCUCGUUAAUAUGUGUUGUUCAGAAGAACCUUCAGAUGAUGAGUGGGAGGAGGUGUCCAGCAGUGAUGAAAGUGACCUUUGUGCAGAGACUUGCAUAUGUGAUUCUGGUACAGACAACCAAAUGAUGUCACCAUUAUGUUUAUCAUCUGAAGUCCAUGCAGCUUUAAUCAAACACUGUGUCCCAGAAAAGGUGAUAAAGAAGACUACAUUGUGCAAUAAUGUUAUAUCUGAGAUUUGUUUUAAAAUUCCUUCCUGGAAAACCUUAGUUAAGAAAAUGCAGCGAGUCCAGUGCAGGGCCCUGACCUGUAUCCAGAACAUGCUUUCGGUUAUGGACCCAGAUGUGCUGGGCGAUGAAGCUGCACUCCGGACAGUUGCAGAACAUUUGAGUCAGCUGCUUUUCACUAAUUUGGAUCCUCCAAGGGAAGAAGAGUUCCUGGAAGCCGUCACAAGUGCAAUACGAUCCCUGUUUCAGGUCUUGGCUUCAAGGGGCAUUCCACAGUCUCUCGGUUCCCAGCAGUUCCUGGUUUUCUCAGAGUCCGCUCUCCGGUGUUCCAAUCCUGGUGUGAGGCUGAAUGUUGUCAGCAUCCUGGGGGUCAUGGGCAGCACACUGAGCAAACAAGCUGGUACAGCUGAAACUCUGCAUAUGAUUGGUAACUUCCUCCUGCAAGUAGCUAUGAAGGAUCCUUACCUUAUGGUCGUGGGAGAAGCUCUGGAUGCCAUAUUUGACGUUUUUGGUGAUGGAAAGGAGGCAGAAUUAGCAGCCAGGUCUAUUCAGUUACUACCAACGCUGAGAAACCUUCAGCCGCUCUUCAGGGCAAAGAUUCGUAAAGAAGGAAAAGACAAAUACUCCAGUGAUCAGCUUUGUGUCUUGGAUAAUGUUAAAGUGAACUUGAGAAGAUUCAUUGCAUAUCAAGAGAGCUUGCAGAAAUCAUGAGUGCAGUGAGGAGUUGCCUUUUUUUACUGCAGUUCCACAGUUGUCCAUGUAUUGGCAUUCACUAGGUGCUUCUGGGCACAGAGUUACUCUGGCAUUUUCCUCAAGAAUGGAGUGGUUAAAUAUCCCUUUAAUCUCUUCAAAUAAAUGACUAUUUUUUUGAUUGAAUAGGUCACAUCGGUGUCAUGACCUUUUAUAAAGUUGGUGGCUAAUGAAGAAAUUGAUCAUGUACCUGCAAGUGGAACAAAAUUUAAAAAGUAGACGGCAAUGGCUUUUGUGAGGUUCUGUUUAUUUAUUUUACUGCAUCUUUUAAGUUUUAAAUGAUUUGAUUCCCAGUAAUUUGUGACUAAAAUUUACACACAAACAAUGGUCACUAUGUGAAUUUUAUAGUCUUCAUGGAUUCAUAUCUACUGUUAAGGAUGAGCAGGUCUCAUUUGGAUAUGCAUUUGAAUACUCAUUUGGAACUCUAAGGGUGCUUACAAACAUUAAUCAAAAACUGACCUAUGAUUUGGGUAACGUGUUUUGAAUGACUAAGUUGUGUUUUGUCCUCUUGUGUGAGAGCAGCAUAACACCAUUGUGAACCCUUAGCAACACAUGAGGGUUUACUAUGUGCAGCUUUUCUUGGCUCCAGCCACCUUACCACAUGGAGAUGAAGUGACUUCUACAUUAAGGUAACAUUUAAGUGAAAUGAUGGAUCUGAGUUACAAAUGGUGUAGAGGUGGUUUGCAUGCCUCAAAGAUGGUAUUCUUCAUAUAUAAAAAAAGCUUUAACUGAUUCUGGCGCUGCAUACUGUGUACUUAAUUACUAAAGUGUGUGUUUGAGUGAGGUGGAAGAAGAAAAAGAUGCAAAGCCAAUCAAUUUAGUUUAACCAAAAGCCAAUAAUAAUUAUUAUUAUUAUUAUUAUUAUUAAUAACCAAGAGCCUUGAUUAAAAUGGGAGCUGGCAGUUAAUUUUUGUCAUGUUAACGUAUAUGUGUGCAGCAUUAAUUAGCUGCUUCUAAUAAAAUAUAGUGGGGGGUAACAGCUGAUUAAGUCCAUUGUGAUAAUUUUCUAAAAGAAAAAUAUGGGCUGGAAUGAAUCUCUGACACAGCAUAAGAGGUAUAAGAAACACAAUUUUUCAUGGCAUAUUAUGGUUUCAUAAACCAAAUGAAUUGGUUUUUAAUUAAGAGGUUAAUUGACGCAGAAGUCUGCCAGUUGCUGUGGUUGUCCUACUCCUGGACUAGUCCCCUCAACUUGAGCUUCUCUGAAGGGAGACCAUCUACACACCGGUAUUGACAUUUACCUGCUCUUUAUUGUUCUAUCAAUCAUCUGUUCCACAUGUAGAUUGCAAAAGAAAGAUACAUGGUUAGAAUGGUACAAUUUUUUUC